GUUUAUAGUGCUUAGUUCAUCAUUUUCCCGCGUAAAGCGUCAGUGUUGACAUUUCAGCGUGUUCUUGCAAAACUCCACUGUAGACUUCAAUCAAAACAUUUACACGAUUGACUUGCCGUGAGGUUAUGAAUCAGUCGAUGUAUUUGUUGUUAUUUAUUCGUUGAUACAAGUUUAUAUUGCAUUAGAAAAGUGAUUAUUACUCAGAAGUCGACAACUAAGCGACAUCUUCUUGAACAUAAUAAGUUUCUGCUAAUCAGUUUUUUAAAACUCAGUAAUCAUGGGUCGACGAUCCAUCAACACCACCAAGAGUGGUAAAUAUAUGAAUCCGACGGACCAAGCAAGAAAAGAGGCCCGUAAAAAAGAGCUCAAAAAGAAUAAAAAACAGCGUCAGCUAGUUCGAGCUGCAGUUCUAAAAGGGAAAGAUCCCAGUCAAAUUAUUGAAGAAAUGGAGAAAAUCGAUCAAAUGGAGUACAACGUCCUCCAGCCUCCGCCGCUGAAUGAAAAAGUGCUUAAAGAUAAAAGGAAAAAGUUGAAAGAAACACUCGACAGAGUGCUAAAAAUGUAUGGCAAGGAUGAUCAGGAUAAGUGGUUGGAGUUAAAGGAACAGUUGAUUCAAUAUGAGAGGAGACGAAUAGAACUUGUUUCUUACUAUGAAGCUGUAAAGCAUGCUCAGCAAGUACAAGUGGAUGAAAUUCCACUUCCUUCAUCAGGAAAUGAUGGAAAUCGAGCAUUUCCUGGUGGCAUGACAGCUCAAAUACCUUUACCAGAAAUGCCUCAGCCUGCAGUACAUCCCUAUCCACCUCAUUACCUUCCGCAACAUCAACCUUUAGUAAAUAUUCCAGUCCCGCCUAGCAUUUUAAAAAAGACAAAUUUGUAUUCUGCUACUGGGGCAUCUGGUAACAUGCCAAUGGAUAGAGAUCCACCUGGUGUACCUCCUUUUCCACCACCGGAUGUAUUUGCUAGCGAUGACGAAGAUGGAGAUGGAAAAACUAAAACUCCUGUCAAAACCAAAACAAUUCGUUUUGUUGAUGAUGAAAAAGCUGAAACUUAUGUUCAAGAUUCAGAAAAAGAUAAAGAUAGUUCUCAAGUCAAGCCAACAAGUUUACAGCAAAAAAUGUUGGCUAUGGCAGGCAUGGAGGAUAUUGACCACUUCAUGAAAGAGAUGGAAGUUGUGCACAAAAAGCGAGAAACGGAACGAGCUCAAGAUUUGAACACAAGAUUAACGUUGUUAGAAAGCAAUAAGGAGAAAGAAGACGAACCAAUGCCAAUGCCAAGCAAUAAUGUACCAACACAGCCACCAAUGCCUCUCAUGGGUCUGCCUCCACCGCCUCCCUUGAUGUACAGGCCACCUCCACCGCCUCUGCAUCUGAGAAUUCCUCCACCUCCACCACCGAGGAUGGGAAUAAGAUUACCUCCAGGUCCACCACCGGGCAUGCCGAGACUAAUGAGACCGGGCGGUCCCAUGUCGAUGGGACCCAGAGUCAUGGGCCCGGGAAUGGGCAUGCACGGCAUGCCUCCUCCGCCACCGGCACCGCCGUCCGGACUCAGCAACGCCCAGAAACAGUCGAACGUGCUGUCGGCCGCGCCGCAGCUGAUAAGCAAGGGCGACAAGGAGGCCGGCGGCAAGAGCGCGACCACGAUCGAGGCCAAGCCUCAGAUCAGAAAUCUGGCGGCCGACGUGACGCGCUUCCUGCCGACGUCGCUGCGAGUCAAGCGUGCCGACGAGAAGAAGAAGCCGUCGUCGGCGUUCGCCUCGUCCGUACGUGCCGCCGACAGGAUGAACAUGGAGUCGCCGAUGGUCACGAGGGUCCCGCAGCAGGUCAAGACGAAGGAAGACGACUACCUGCAGUUCAUGCGAGAGAUGCAGGGUUUGCUGUAAUGCGUGGUGCGUUGUUUGGUGUAUGUGUGUGUAUGUUGUGAAAUAGUGGGAUAAGUGUAGGUUUACUCAGACAAUUGAAACAAGCGACGUUUUGCACUGUAAACGCUGAGUUUGUAUAUAUCACUAUAUAAUAAAUUUAAGGUCAGCGCUGUAUAUAAAUUAUGUUAUUUAAGCGAUACAUAUAGAAUAGGUAGCAUGAAAUUUUUGCAAUCAAAUAAAACUGUGGUUUUUUUUUUCUUUAAAAAAA